GCGGCCUCCGUAGCCCCGCCUACCAGGGAAACGGGCCGGAGCGGAGACACCGCCCUUGCCGGCAUGAAGCCUCCACAGCGGCGGCGAGCGGCCCCGGCGCGCUACCUGGGCGAGGUGACCGGCCCCGCGGCCUGGAGCGCCCGCGAGAAGCGACAGCUGCUACGACUACUGCAGGCGCGGCAGGGCCAGCCGGAGCCAGAUGCCGCCGAGCUGGCCCGGGAGCUGCCCGGCCGCAGCGAGGCGGAGAUCCGGGACUUCCUGCGGCAGCUCAAGAGCCGCGUGGUCCGGGAGGCCAUCCAGAUGGUGCAGCCCGGUGGCCCGCAGGGACGGAGGCGCCGGGAAACACAGACACCGGCCCCCAUCGAGGUAUGGAUGGAUCUGGCAGAGAAGAUAACAGGCCCGCUGGAGGAGGCCCUGACUGUGGCUUUCUCACAGGUACUCACCAUCGCCGCCACGGAGCCCGUCAGCCUCCUGCACUCCAAGCCCCCCAAGUCCACACAGGCGCGGGGAAAGCUACUGCUGCUCAGCGCCCCUGGCGGGCGGGAGGACCCCAGCCCGGACACUCCUGGCCCCGCCCCGAAGACGAAUGGCCCCGCCUCGGAGGCCGCAGCUGCAUCCCUGUCUGACCCCUCGGCGGCGGCGGCGGCGCCGGCAGAAGCAGACUUCUCCGUGGACUUCGAGAAGAUCUACAAGUACCUGUCGUCUGUUUCCCGCAGGUGUCAUGGCCCUGAGCUUUCUGCAGCUGAGGCAGCAGUGGUCCUGGACCUGCUCCUGGCACUUCCGCAAGAGCUGCUCCGCCUCCCCUGCGAGGCCCUGGUUAAACACCUGUCGGAUAUGUACGCGCACCUGACAGCCCCCCAACCCGACCCAGCGUUUGAGGGCCUGGCGCCCGGAGCUGAGGAUGCCGGGACAGGCGCCCAGGGGCACGAGGAGGCCAGCCAGGCGGAGCUGCAGGCCCCCGAGAACGCCAGGCCCAGGGAGCCAAGGUCUGUUUGGCAAGCAGCUGGGGUCUGCCCCCUGAACCCGUUCCUGGUGCCCCUGGAACUUCUGGGCCAGGCAGCCGGCCCUGCUAGGUGAAGGCCCAGCGGACGGAGGACACAGCAGACAUCUGCGAGCCCCCCGGCCCUCAGUGCUGCCUGGGCUGGCCCCGGGUUAUCAGGAGGAUCCUGUCACGGUGGAAGGUCCCUGACAUGGUGGGCAGCAGGGGUUGGCCUCUAAGGUGACCAACACGGCAGGGGUCUCCUAAACAGAGGCACGGUUGUACAGGGGUUUGGCCACGGAACUGAGGUGGGGGAAGCGGGAGGGGGGGAGCUCCUGUCCUGUCCAACAUCUGCAUCCUACAUCCUGUGAGUAAAGUUCUUGUCAGUCUGU